AUGUAUUUUUUAGAAGCUCCUGAUAGUAAUGGAAAUUGCAAAAAGAGUGCUAAAAAAAUUAAUGGUCAUUGUUGUGUUAUAUCUCCUUGUAUAAGAAAGGGAAUGGAAGAUACUGGACGACCUGGAAUGGAAGGUAAUUGUGAUGGAGGAGCUACAUAUGUAGAUGGACGUUGUUGUAAGAAGAAAGAACAAAAACAAGUUACAAGUAAACCAUUAAACGAAAUUGAAGUACGAACUUGAGAAAGAUAAAUUUUAUUUAAAAAAUUAUUUUUAAUUGGAAAAAAUUGUAAGAAAAUG